UCUUUUGCUCUCCUCUCUCUAUAUAUAGAUAAUAGCAAGCCAAAAGAGACUUGUAGAGAGAAGCAUGUUGAAAUCAAGAAACAUGGGCAAAAGCAAACAAGAGAAGAAGUCACAAGAAGUGAAGUACCUUGGAGUAAGGAGGCGUCCAUGGGGAAGAUAUGCAGCUGAAAUCAGAAACCCUUUCACAAAAGAGAGACAUUGGCUUGGAACGUUUGAUACAGCUGAAGAAGCUGCUUUGGCUUAUGAUGUUGCUGCUCGUUCCAUCAGUGGCUCUCUAGCCAAAACCAACUUCUUCUACACUGAUAACAUCUCUUUACAACCACAACCACAACAGUUCUUACAGUCAUCAUCAGACAAAGCUUUUUUUGCUAACCCUGUUGCCUCUUUGGAACCUAAUAUGAGUUUGGGAUCUUCUAGUUUCUGUUUUCAGCAAGAAAACAACCAUUUUCUUUCUUCUAAUCUCACUAACAGUUUCUCACAUUGUUAUGAUGAUGAUGAUCAUGUUGGUAAAAGCAAAGAGAUUUCAUUACCUUCUUUGCCUAAUGAUAUGUCAAGCAGUUUAUUUAGUCGUCAGGACAAAACAGAGGAAGAUGGCAAUGCAGACAAGAUGAAGCUUGGCUCUGUUCUCACCGAUGAAGCUCAUUGCUUUGAGUAUGACUUUCUCUUAAGCGGCAUGCCACUUUCUCUUCUCAGUGAUUAUAAUGAAGAUCUUCCUCAGAUUAAUGGAUCUUCUUCAUCUUUUAUCUGAUUCUAUUAUGUAAUCUAAAAAGUGUUGCAGUGUUAUGAACUUAACCAAAGGGAUGUAACAUGUUUGAAUAAAGUUUAUUACUAUAAAAUUGUAGAUCACAAAUACAUAAACUCGGGAACUACAAUUCUACAUUCCGAAUAAUAUAAUAGAAAAAUGAAGCAGACAUCAAAAGUUGAGUCAUCUUCACUUCCAGUUAUUGGCAACAAUGUCAGCCAAAUCAACAACUCUCUGAGAGUAGCCCCAUUCAUUAUCAUACCAAGCAAUCACUUUAACCAUAUCAUCUCCCAUAACCAUCGUUA